UUUUGUUCUGUAUUCUCUCGGUUCAGUUGUUGGGUUGAAUGGAGCCAAUCAGCGAAACCCUAACAUCUCCGUCGUCAGUCCCCACUCUCCCAUUCGAUCUGAUCUCUGAAAUCCUAUGCAAUCUACCCGUGAAACUUCUCCUUCAACUUCAAUGUGUCUGCAAAUCAUGGAAAUCUCUAAUCUCUGAUCACAAUUUCGCCAAAAAACACCUUCGCAAAUCAACUCCGCGCCUCAUGGUAAGCAUUAUUAACAACAGACAUAAAAAUGUCUCUCUAUUUGAUUCCCCAAUUCCUUCACUUUUUUCAACUUUAAAGAUCCAACGGACAAAACUCAGGUUUCCUAAUAGUCUCAAAAACAAAUACUGUAGUCCUUCCGGCGUCUGCUCUUGCGAUGGCAUCCUUUGUUUCGUCGCGGAUAAUGGUUCUUUUGUUUUGUGGAACCCUUCCAUUAGAAAAUUCAAGAUAUUGCCUCCUUUGAAUAAUGGAGGUCCUGCAUCUUAUUAUGGUUAUGGUUUUGGUUUUGGUUAUGAUCAUUUAACUAAUAAUUAUAAGGUUGUUGCUGUUUCUUUAAAGGAAGUUAGUGUUUAUAUUUUGGGUACAGAUUUUUGGAGAACGAUACAAGACUUUCCACAUUCUAGCUGUAGUGAAAGUUCCGGAGUAUUUGUGAGUGGUACCAUUAAUUGGCUUACAGAAUAUUAUGAUCAUGAUGGUGCUAGUAGUAUUUCACGUGUUAUUGUUUCUCUUGAUUUGGCGAAAGAGACAUAUCAAAAGCUUUCGCUACCUGAUUUGAACAACAGUCUAUGGACUUUGGGGGUGUUGAAAGAUUGUUUGUGCAUUUGUGCAAGGAGUUGGGGUGGUAAGUUUUUGGAAGUUUGGGUUAUGAACGAAUUUGGAAAUAAAGAGUCUUGGGCUAAAUUGCAUACGGUUUCUUACACGGGUGAUGGGGGUCCUUAUGUCAUUGGAAAACCUUUAUAUAUUUACGAGGAUAACAAAUUGCUGAUGGAUUUUCGUGAUUUGGAAAUUGGAAUGGUCAAAUUGAAGUUGGGUUUUUACGAUUCCAAAAAGGAUACUUUGAAGAUUCUCAAUCAUCAAAACUUUGAAUGUUACAUGGACCCAGAAGUCUACGUUGAGAGUUUAAUAUCACCUUGUUUUUAAUGUCAGGUUGUAGAUGUUAUAUUAUGUCACUUGAACAUGAGAUUCAACAGCAACAUAGAUAGAGUUCAUUUUUCUUUAUGUUAUUUAUUUUAUGCAUGUAUUGCUGGAUCAUUGUUAAUUAAUUGUUUAUUGAAUCUUCAGCUUGAAUAAUUGUUGUUAUUUUCAAUUGUUUGUUAGUGUUGCACAAAUUUUUUAAUGUUUGAUUUAAAACCAACUGUAUGUGAUAAAAUGAUUUCUUGCGAUUUCUUAUUAUGAUUAUUAUUAUCCUUUUUGUUGUGGAGUUUUAGUUUGUGAUUUUGUUAAAGGAGUAAACCUUAGUUCUGGCUUACACAUUGGCAAAGAGGUAAAGUAGUGAGCCUAUAUCUCUAGAUAUACAUGUAUGUACUCUUUUAACCUGAGAUCUAUACAUCAGAAGUCAUAUUAGAUCAGA